CGGCUGCAGUAAGGAUCCCUCAGUGUGGAGACCGGACUGGUGUCGGCUUGUGCUCUGCCUUCUCACAGUCAGAGAAGCCAGGGCUUUGGUUAUUAUAGUCGUUUCUGUGAUAAAGGUACUGUAGUCGUCUGUGUUAAUAGAGUAUCAUAAUUAAUGGUGAAAGAAACUGUGAUUGUGUUAAAAUGAUCCGAAUUUCUACCGGAGAUUAACCAUUAGUAACAGCUGCACCUCGUUCAGAAUUAUUACCCAUAACACGAAGAUCAGAGAGAGAGAGAAAGUGUAUCUACACAUUCUUCUUUCCUACAGUUGAAGGUCUGAGGAGUCGGGAACAACUGAGCCAGUCGAAUACUGCUGCUGUUGCUGCUUGGAACAGUAGCUUCUAGUAGCACCAGACUCCGUGUCAUCAUGGGUUAUUGUCUAAAGAAGUUGGAACACUUCCUCAGGCGGUCGUUUUACCGGCUGGGGUACACAGUGGCUGAACACUACGGCUACUUUAUCAUGAUACCUCUUUUCCUGACUGCUUUACUAGCUACGGGAUUUCAGAGAAUCAAAUACGAAGAUGACCCAGAAUACCUGUUCUCUCCUCGGUCAGGUUUUGCUAAGAGGGAGCGAGCCAUCAUAGAGGAGAACUUCUCUCUUAACUUCAGUUCGAACUUUAGUCCGUCAAGGAUAACACGACUGGGACGCUUCGCCAGAUUACUGAUCAUGGCCAAGGACGAAGGGAAUCUCCUGCGCUCAGCGAUUUGGAACGACAUCGUAUCAGUAGAUCGCUUGGUGCAUUCCGUCAGCGUGAAUCUUGAGGACAGGGUGGCCCGUUACGAUGACCUCUGCGCCAUCUGGGACAGCAAGUGCUACGAAAACAACAUCUUAGGUCUGCAAGAUUUUAUGAAGGAAAUUGAAAAGGGCAAUUUCAGUCUGAGUUAUCCCUUCAUGCUCAACCCUGAAACAUUUGAAACAAUUGUAUUUCCGCUCUUCUUCGGAGGCGUCAAGGUUGACAACAACACUAACAUUGUGAGUGUCAAGGCACUCUCCUUGUUUUAUUGGCUUAAGACUAACGAUGCCAAGGAAACCGCAGAAGGAGCACUGUGGGAGGAUGCCUUACUAAAAGCAUUGGAGAAUCGGGACUUCGGCAACAUUACAGUGGCAAGGUUCAUAUCCCGCACACUGGAGUUAGAGCUGGAGAACAACACGAUUUCAGUAUCUCCGUUCUUCGGUCUGACGGUGUUUACGAUGAUAGUGUUCAGCGUGGGCUCCGCUCUGUCUGGUGACUGGGUGCGGACGAAGCCGUGGCUGGGGGUCCUUGGGGUCCUCUCUGUCUCACUCUCCUGUGUCGCAGCCUUCGGCUUUCUUGUUUACAUUGGUCUCGAUUUCAUCGGCAUUAACAUGGCAGCCCCCUUUCUUUUGUUAGGUAUCGGCAUGGACGACGUGUUUGUGAUGCUGUCAGCGUGGCGGCGCACCAAGCUGCAAGACACAGUGCAGGAGAGGAUGGGUCAUGCCUUCGCUGAUGCUGCCGUCGGUAUCACCAUUACAUCCGUCACAGACGUCAUCUCCUUCUUCAUCGGAGCUAUCACUCCCUUUCCUUCCGUCCAGAUCUUCUCCCUGUAUACCGGGAUGGCGGUGGUUGUGGCUUACUUCUGGCACAUCACGUUCUUCGGUGGCUGUCUGGCUUUCUCUGGCUUCAUGGAGAAGGAGCAGCGCCAUGGCCUCGUGUGUCUCAAGAUCAAACCUAAGUCAGAAGCAGUGGACGCCGGCUGCUGCUACCGUGUCCUUUGCACUGGUGGGAUAAGUGAGAAUGAUCCUUGGAAUCAGAAGGACAAUAAGGAUCACAUCAUCAUGGUGUUCUUCAGAGAUUACUUCGCCCGCAUCCUCAACAUCCCGCUUGUUAAAGCCAUUGUGAUUAUCGUGUUCAUGUUGUACCUGGCUGUUGCCUGCUGGGGCUGUACUACGCUCAACGAAGGUCUGGAGCGCAGGAGACUCUCUCGUGAUGAUUCUUACUCUGUGUUGUUUUAUGAACGCGAAGACAAAUAUUUCAGGGAAUUUCCAUAUAGAAUUCAGGUGGUUAUAACAGGUGACGUGGAAUACAGUGAUCCUAAGACUCAGGAGGAACUGUUGGUACUGCUUAAAAAGUUUGAGUCUACAAAAUACAGUGGAAGUCCAAUCUACACGGAGUCGUGGCUCAGAGCUUGGCUUGGUUUUGUGAAAAGAAACCAAGAAUUCUUAGGCUUUAAUAUCACGAGUGAAGAAGACUUCUGCACUCAACUUAAAGAGCUGUAUCUGUCAGGCCCAGCCAAUGCUUUUGCAGCAGAUGUCAGGUUCAACGAAGAAGGAACUCGUAUUAUAGCGUCUAGGUUCAUCAUUCAGUCUUACAAUGUUACCGAUGGGAAUGCAGACAAAGAUAUGAUGCAGGAGUUCCGCAAGGUGGCUCUUGAUUCGAAGUUCAACGUCACAGUGUUCAAUCCAUAUUUUAUCUUUUUUGAUCAGUUUACUAUGGUGAGGAUAACAAGUGUAGAAGCCAUUUGUGUUUCCGCAGUUAUAAUGAUGUUUGUGUCACUGAUAUUCAUACCAAACCCUCUGUGUUCUCUUUGGGUUGUGUUCUCCAUCACCUCUGUUGAAAUAGGUGUCGUCGGUUACAUGGCUUUCUGGAAUGUUAGUCUCGAUUCCAUUUCAAUGAUCAACUUAAUCAUGUGUAUAGGGUUUAGUGUCGACUUCUCAGCUCACAUAUCACAUGCUUAUUUGGUAUCAGAAGGUGAAACUCCGGACGAGCGUGUGAAGGACUGCCUGUACACUCUUGGCUUGCCUAUACUACAAGGUGGGUGCUCAACAAUUUUAGGUGUUACGGCUCUAGUUUUGGCUCCCUCUUACAUAUUUGUCACAUUCUUCAAGACCGUCUUUCUAGUCAUAUUUCUAGGGGUAUUACAUGGGAUCAUACUUUUGCCAGUUCUCCUCUCUCUCAUGGGUCCUGGUUCAUGUAGUAAAAAGAAGGUGGAGGACACUCCUCCUACUAUGGAAAAUGCUCAACCAUUCUACGUGUAUGGCACCGAAAAGUCUCUCUGGGUGGAUCCUAACAACAUGAAGAUACCACGUCCACGCAGUGUAACUACAGUACAAAAUGGAACUACCCAAGUGACACCUUUGGCACUGAGUCGUAAUGGAGCCUCACCUGCUGGACCUAAUGCAGUUAAAGGCAAACAUACUAGUUUUCUAGAAAAAGACUUAGGUCUUGGUACUUCAAGUGAAAUAUCAAGCGAAUCAAGCCUGAGUAAGGAAGUUAUACACCGGCGUUAUGGUUCAGAUAAAGUUAAUGACAGUGGAGCUCGCUCAGGUCCUCAUGUCUUGAAAGGUUAUAGUAAUAAUGCUUAUGAAAGUGAUAACAAGAUCAAUGAAAAACGUCGAAUUCAAAAAGAUUCUAAUACGGGUUCAGCGCUUCACAUAAAGUAUAACAAUAAUGACAGAUACGACGACUGGGAUUAUCCUCGUCGGAAUUAUCAUGGCUCUCGUUCACCUCCUAAUUAUUCGUCUCCUCUGCGGUUCAGUGCUCCUCUCGUGCUUACUGGGGGUCAGUCCCGUCACCCGGGCUCUCGAGACAAGAGUGUACACCGAAGUUUGUCAUUAGUAGCACAACAUGGAUCAAAAACAUCGUCAAAAUCCAGUAGAGGAUACCGUGAGCGCAGCUAGCGACAUCACACAUACAUGACCAUGUGCCAUAACCCAAAUGAAUACAGAUUAGUGUGAUUCUCUUUGCUCAUCACAGGAUUAAGGUAUAUUAGUGUGAGUUUUUCUGUAAAUCAAAAAAAAUACAUACUGUGGUGAUUCACGUGAUUGCAAUAAAUAAGUUACUUUUACCCAUAAAUGUUUUUAACAAAACAAUGAGCAAUAAUCCAGGAUCGCAAGGAAGCAUGUUAUUCAAUACCUUACGGGCAUUAAGAGUUACUUAACCGGUAAUGAAUGUGUCUAAGUUAGUCAUGGGACGUCAAAGGCGCUGGGAAACUAUUAGACAUAUAAGAAAUAGAACGCAGAUUUUUUGCUUGAAAGCUAGGUGGAGAUAAUGAUGUAAAGAAUCUCAGGGUUAAAAGAAACUAAAAAGGUCACAAACGGCAUCGCACAUGGGUCGGUACUUGCCCUGAUGAUAUUACUGAUUUAUCAAAAUGCCUUGUCAGAAGGAAUUGAAAUAUACAUGAACAUGUAUGUUUGUGGAUUACAGGAAUUCUUGGAGAAAUUGAAUAGACUGAUAAUAGAGUUUAAUGUAGAAAAGUGGCAUUUACUGGAAAUGGGAAUAAGCUAUAGAAGGUCACGUAAAAAAAAAUAUAUAUAUAGUGAUGAAAUACUGAAAGGUUUGAGAGAAGGAGCUACAAGUAACUGUAGACAAAAGACACUUAAUAUUCCCUUGUGAACACUAAACCCUUAUGAUCCAUAUUGUCGAGAGAAGAUCACGUAAAUUAAAUCUUAAGAAACAAGUAUUGCAUCCAGCCAGUGCCAAAAUACUCUUAACAUGGAGAGGGAAAUGCUACAAAGAGCUCAUCACGUUCAUUAAGCAAUAUUAGAAAAAAUGUAGCCGUGGUGUAGUGACAGCAAAUUAAAAACAAAGUGAUGAUACAGAAAAUGUCGACAGACAUGGUUAUGGACGGGGCUCCGGGGGUGUUGAGCCCUGAAACACCCUCCGGGGGCGUUGAGCCCUGAAACGCACUCCAGGUAAACAAACUAUACAUAAGUUACCACGGAAAUAUGACAGCACUAGCAAUCACCAAGUUAGAUGACAGAAGGAAAAUAUGGAAGCCUGGUAAUCACAUAUAAGGUCACAAAAUAAUGAUAAAACAGAGAUAACUUUAAUGUACCAGAGCAUAAUAGAUAAGAUAGAAAAAAAAAGUUUUUGUCCGAUAGACUGGACACUAGAAAGCUUCAGGUGAGCAAAGCUCUAAUUAAACCCAAGCUUCGUCUAGCUGUAUUUUGUAAACUGUAUCAGUUACUGUAUAUUUGGAAGCUUACUUGCAUUACUGUGAUAUCAAAAUGCUGAUUUAUGGGUAAAUCUGUGAGUAAGUCAAAACUGGAAGAGUUCUAAUGUGUGUGUGUGUAUGUACUCACCUAAUUGUACUCACCUAAUUGUGGUUGCAGGGGUCGAGACUCAACUCCUGGCCCCGCCUCUUCACUGAGUGCUACUAGGUCCUCUUCCUGCUCCAUGAGCUUUAUCAUACCUCAUCUUAAAGCUAUGUAUGGUUCCUGCCUCCCCUACCUCACUUGCUAAGCUAUUCCACUUCCUGACUACUCUAUGACUCUGUGUGUGAGUGCGUGUGUGUAUGUGUGUGUGUGUGUGUGUGUGUGUGUGUGUGUGUGUGUGUGUGUGUGUGUGUGUGUAUGUGUGUGUGUAUUUUUGUGAAUUGUUUCAACCACGAUAUUGUUACUUUAUUCUAUCUGUCCUCCCUAAUCUAUAUGCUAUUUUGCAAAGCCAGAUGGCGGGUUAACAAUGUUUAUCACAUAAGGAAAAAUAUUGCAUAAGUAUAAAACUUAUGGAACAACUGCAACAAUAAUCAAAAGACUGUUGCUAUAAUAUUUAUUUAAUAAUAGCGUCGCCAAAUAUAAUUACCCCGAAAGCACGUUCUAAGUGGAAUUUUAUGCUACAAUAAACCGUAUAAAGACCUGUAAGGUCGUUAUACGGUUUAUCAUAAGGGUCAUACAACACCUGGGGAAUGUGAGGUAGGAGAGGAUAAGAUAAGAUAAGAUUUUGUUCGGAUUUUUAACCCCGGAGGGUUAGCCACCCAGGAUAACCCAAGAAAGUCAGUGCGUCAUCGAGGACUGUCUAACUUAUUUCCAUUGGGGUCCUUAAUCUUGUCCCCCAGGAUGCGACCCACACCAGUCGACUAACACCCAGGUACCUAUUUGCUGCUAGGUGAACAGGACAACAGGUGUAAGGAAACGUGUCAAAUGUUUCCACCCGUCGGGAAUCGAACCCGGGCCCUCCGUGUGUGAAGCGGGAGCUUUAGCCACCAGGCCACCGGGCCACCCUAGAGAGGGCAACUCCAAAUCCUUGGAUAAAGAGCCCCUCACCAGCAUCAAGGUGCUCCACUGAGGGCGUGGCAACAUAUAUGAAUCCAGUGUUAUUAUCUG